AUUUCAUUGCACCACAAUUAAUCCAUUGAAUUAAGCUAGGGUUAAGAAAAAAUGCAACAUACUAAAACUCUUUCCUUCCUCUUUUUCUUCCUACUUAUUAUAGAAUUAUCAGCUUCUUCAUCAUCAUCAUCUUAUUUCAAAUCCCGCCGUAGCCCUUGUAAAAGGCUAGUAUUCUACUUCCACGACAUUGUGGACAAUGGUGAAAACUCGAAAAACGCGACCGCGGCCAUCAUUGGCUCGCCGAGCUGGGGCAACAAGACGAAGCUGGCGGGGCUGAACCAUUUUGGAGACUUGGUGGUGUUUGACGACCCCAUUACCUUAGACAACAAUCUUCACUCAACCCCGGUGGGACGAGCACAAGGGUUUUACUUGUACGACAAGAAAGAGGUGUUCACGGCUUGGCUAGGGUUCUCUUUUGUGUUCAACUCGACUGAACACAAAGGGAGCUUGAGCUUUGCUGGGGCUGAUCCAUUGAUGAACAAGACUAGGGAUAUUGCGGUGAUUGGUGGGACUGGUGAGUUUUUCAUGGCCAGAGGAGUUGCCACUUUGAUGACUGAUGCGUUUGAGGGUGAAGUUUAUUUUCGGCUUCGUGUUGAUAUCAAGCUAUACGAGUGUUGGUAAUGGUAAUGAUAAUUAAUAUGAGUCUUUACUUGAUGAAGAACAAAGUAGAGAACAUAUAUUCCUAUAAAUAUAUAAAAAUGUGUAUUUAUAGGACUGAUGGUUUGAUGAUUCCAUUUAUAUUUGUGUGUUUUUGUUAUAAUUUGGUUACGAUGACCCUAUGUGUAAUGAAAAUUUAACAGCGUUUUGUCAUAACUUUUAUUUCUAAUUAUCUUA